AUGAAUGCUAUCAAUCGUUAUGAACUUUACGUGCUUGAGGAGGGUGAAAAACCAGUCGAGGUUUCUGAGGAUACCAAGAUUCCCAACGCUGCCACAAUCAAAAUCGUUAAGCAGGACCACACUCUUGCGAACAUGAUACGGGCUCAACUCCUCAGCAUGCCACAGGUCCUCUUCGCCGGCUACAAGGUCCCCCAUCCCCUUCACCCCUACUUCUUGCUCAAGAUCCAGACGGACGGUACCAUCACCCCCACCGCUGUCCUCGAGAAGGCAUGCACGAAUCUCAUUGGUAUGCUCGCCACUCUCGAGGGCAAGUUCAAGCGCGAGUUCGCAUUGAACACGGUCGAAGGCGGCGUGCAAGAGGAUGCAUAUGGUGUGCCGACAAGCGGUUCGGGCUGGGAGGGCGGAGGCUCGUACGUGGAUCUUGGUUGA